AUGGAAUUUUCAUUUUUAAACAAGACGAGCUAUGAUAAGGAUUGCUCAUACAAUACCAGCUCUCAAUUGCAAAAUACCAACUCUAAUGGAGGAUUCUGUGUGGCCAAUCAUAUGAGUCAUUAUAAUCUAAUAAUCGACUCAAAUUAUAAACUACGUGCCAAUGAGACCGGAAUUCGAAACUCUUUUAGCCAAGAAUCCAACUUAUUAUUUUCAAAAAUAUCAAAUGUAACGGACUUUUAUCCCGGCUCGCAUAGCAUAACACCAUACACAUCCGAUUUUCAGCUAAAAUCUUAUGUUGAUGAAGGCUCUAGUCUGACUGAUAAAUCCAAACAAAGACGAAUCAGAACAACGUUUACUUCAAAUCAACUAAAUGAAUUAGAAAAAAUAUUUUUGGAAACUCAUUACCCAGAUAUUUAUACGAGAGAAGAAAUUGCAUCAAAGCUACACCUAACGGAAGCCAGAGUUCAGGUUUGGUUUCAAAACCGCAGAGCAAAAUUUCGAAAACAAGAAAGACAUGCCAUAUAUAUUAUGAAAGACAAAUGCGCCAAAAUGGAAAAUAAGCAGACUAGCGCAACAGGAAAUCAAUGUUAUGAUGUAGCACUGAAAGCUUCUCAAAAUGCAUGCCAAAUAAAAUGUUUUUAUGAUAAGGUUUAAGGAUCAAUGAUA